AUGUCUAAUAAUCAAGAAGAAGACACAACCGAAGAAUUUCGACAACCUCCAGUUCCAAACCUCCAAAUGCAAGCAAUGUUAGGGGAGAUGAGGCGUAUGUUGAGGGCUGAAUUAGAACCUAUUCACGAAAGGUUGGAUAGGGUAGAAGCAGAAACUCCUAGGGGCCAGCAACAUGACAUCCACAAUAGGCAGCAUGGUGGGCGUGGUCCGUGGCGGAAUGUUGAUGGAGAGGCGGAGUCGGAGGAGUUUGAUGAGCAAUAUUUGAACCGAGGUAGGAUUGAGCGUGGGUAUAGAAAUAGAGAAGCUAGGAUGGGUAGGCCUAGGAGGGAUAACGAUUUAGGAAAUAUAAAGAUUAAAAUCCCAUCUUUUCAAGGUAAAAAUGAUCUUGAAGUUUAUUUGGAGUGGGAAACUAAAAUGGAGAUGGUUUUUGAUUGUCACAACUACUCAGAGAUAAAGAAGGUUAAGUUGGCUGCAAUUAAAUUUACCGAUUAUGCCAUUGUGUGGUGGGAUCAAUUACUGAUUAAUAGGAGGAGGAAUAGAGAGCCACCCGUGGACACUUGGGAGGAAAUGAAAAUGCUUAUGAGGAAGCGUUUUGUACCCAGCCACUAUUAUAGGGGAUUGUAUCAAAAAUUACAGAGGUUAAUUCAAGGAUCUAAAAGUGUGGAUGAGUAUUACAAAGAGAUGGAGGUAGUUAUGAUCCGGGCUAAUGUAGAAGAGGACCGGGAAGCCACCAUGGCUAGGUUUUUGCACGGUUUAAAUCGUGAGAUUGCGGAUAUAGUCGAGAUGCAGCACUAUGUUGAGUUGACAGAUAUGGUGCAUCAAGCCAUAAAGGUGGAGGAACAAUUCAAACGAAAGGGAUUGGCUAGGAGGGGACUGCCUAUGGCUACAACCAGCUCGUGGAAGACAACUCCAAAAAGGGAUGAGCAGCAACAAAAUAAGCCAAAAUUUGAAUCCUCUAAGAAUGCCAACUUAAAGACCGCCACUACUUCAGGUACAAUCGAGACUUCAAGUUCUAAAACACGUGAUAUUAAAUGUUUUAAAUGUCAGGGGCGCGGACAUAUAGCCAGCCAGUGUGUAAACAAGAGGGUGAUGGUGAUAAAUGCCCAAGGAGAGCUUGAGUCAGAAAAUGAGGAAGAAGUAGAUAAUGAUGAUAUGCCAUCUAUGGAGGAUGCUAACGAUGAGCAAAAUGCUGUGGUUGGAGAUUUAUUGGUUGCAAGGCGAGUUCUCAAUGAUGGGAACCAAGCCAGCACUUAUUUGGUGGAGAAAUUGGCUUUAACUACCUUGAAACAUCCUCAACCUUACCGGCUUCAGUGGUUGAAUGAAUGUGGGGAAAUCAAGGUGACAAGACAAGUGUUGGUGGCAUUAUCCAUUGGCAAAUAUGAGGAUGAGGUGCUUUGUGAUGUGGUUCCUAUGCACGCAUGCCAUUUACUGUUGGGAAGACCAUGGCAGUAUGAUCUGAGGGUUACGCAUGAUGGAUUCACAAAUAAGUAUUCCUUCACUCUUAAUAGGCAACCUAUUACUCUUGUGCCAUUAACUCCAAAACAGGAGUUUGAAGAUGUCCUUCCUGAAGAGGUACCUUAUGGUUUACCUCCAAUCCGAGGGAUUGAACAUCAAAUUGAUUUCAUACCUGGUGCAUCAAUUCCAAACCAACCUGCUUAUAGGAGUAAUCCCGAGGAGACCAAGGAACUUCAGAGGCAAAGAGGAAUUGAGGUGGAUGAGGAAAAGGUGAAGGCAAUCCAAGAGUGGUCAACGCCUACAACAGUCAGCCAAGUGAGGAGUUUCCACGGCUUAGCUAGCUUCUAUAGACGGUUUGUGCGUGAUUUUAGUAGCUUAGCCGCCCCUCUUACUGAAGUCAUCAAGAAAAAUGUGCCGUUUAAGUGGGGAAAAGAACAAGAAAAGGCAUUUAGUCUGAUCAAAGAAAAGUUAACUAAUGCACCUUUGCUUGUUUUACCUAACUUUGCUAAAACUUUUGAAAUUGAGUGUGAUGCUUCAGGCAUAGGUAUUGGAGCUGUUUUGAUGCAAGAAGGCCGUCCAAUUGCUUAUUUCAGUGAAAAGUUGAGUGGGGCAGCCCUAAAUUACCCUACUUAUGAUAAGGAGAUGUAUGCCUUGGUGAGGGCUUUGGAAAAUUGGCAACACUAUCUAUGGCCAAAGGAGUUUGUGAUUCACACAGAUCAUGAGUCUUUGAAGCAUUUGAAAGGACAGCAAAGGUUGAACAAACGCCAUGCCAAAUGGGUGGAAUUCAUUGAAACAUUUCCGUAUGUGAUCAGAUAUAAGCAAGGUAAGGAAAAUGUGGUGGCUGAUGCAUUGUCCCGAAGGUGA